ACAUCUAAGCACUGUCAUUUUCCAUGUCCAAAACUGUUCAGUUUUCAGGGACGUUUUGCUUAGGAGAAGUGGAAUACCAGCUGAAACCACUUCAGCUUCAACACUGCACUUUGUCUUUCCUGUUUUAGCUGGUAGUUUUACUUUUCUUGUAGAGUUCACUACAUUUCCAUCACCAAAUUGAAAUGGCCUGCAACUGUGAGUUUCGGUUCGCAGCAUCUGAUUAACUUGUUCUUGGCUAAGUUCCUCCAUGUAGUUUUCUAGCCAUUUCUCCCCACAUACUGUAAGAAGUGCAAGCAGUGUCAAUAAUCGCUGACCCAUCGACUCAGUCAGAAAUAUUUCUAUUCACCCCAUCAAUGCCAGUUGCACAGCAUCAGGAAACACCAUGUUAUACUUUUUCAUCCGGUUGUAUCUCUGUUCAAAGUCAAUAAUGUAGUCCGCCAUGGACACGGCACUGUCCUUUGAAAUCCCGUCAAAAUGCGAGUAGGCUUCAUACUUUCGGUCUUUUUCCUCCUUUUUGUCGAGCUCUGUAACACGUCUCCAGGCGUUGACUUAAUUUUUCCAACACUCGUAGGGCAUGGCUUCGUCAAACUUUGGCAGGGUUUUAUAGUUAGAAACCAUCCUCUGCUACCGAUGUUAAACGUAAUAAACACAACGUUUGUAUACUUUAACUGCUUUAUUGAGCUCGCACAUAAUCAACCGACAACUUCCACAUACUGAACCAAAACUGUGCAUGUGCUACACAGGUUAAAGGGGAAACUCUUCCCCGCAAAACACAUUGUACAGGGGGUAAACAUGUUAACAAUCAUUUGUGCUUAAACUUCAUUCAAGCAGCUGUUGUGUGUCCUGUGCAGGUGGAGGCGCUGACCCACAUGAACCGAGCCACCACGGUGCACGCCAUCCGGGACUCGGAGCUCGCCAAGCUCCCUGAAGGCGCUCUGAACUCCAUCAAGAGGAGGUAUCCUCAGGUGGUGACCAGGCUCAUCCACCUGCUGGGAGAGAAGAUCCUGGGCAACAUGCAGCAGGUCAGCGGACCUCUGGCUGCUCGUGGUCUGGCCCUCCACACCCCCACCAGCAAGUGGGAUGUUGGAAACCCAGCCUCAAACCUGUCCACUGUGUCCAUCUUGCCGGUGUCUGAGGACGUCCCCCUCACAGCCUUCACUCUGGAGCUGCAGCUGGCACUCAGCGGCAUCG